GCGAGAUCCUGCUCGGCUCGAAGGUGUUCCUGGGCGGCAUGUACGCCCUGGACACGCUCACCGUCACCGGCCCGGUGAACGGGAUCCAGCUGGAUGACGUGUGUCAGCGUGUGGUCCGCACCGACACGCCCAACACCUUCGCCAGCCUCACCGUCAACGGCAACGUGACCCUCCACCGCGCGACGAACCCGCUGUCCUGGACGCUGAACGGCCUGGACUUGAGCCGGCUGGACCGCCUGGUAUGGCUGCGUGACGCGGAUCAGACCCUGGCCGGCCACAUUUUUCUGCAGCAGCCCUUGUUCGCCAGCGUCGAGGUCCAGACGCUGCUGGCGGGCGUGCCGCCCGCGCCGGUGGACCUGCUGACCUACCUGCGGCACCACUGGAACCUGCGCCGGCCGCAGACUGUGACCGGUGACGUCAGGUUCGGCGGCGGCCUCACCGUGGACCACCUGACGGCCAAUCAGCUGACUGUGACGGGCCGGGUCAACGGCAAGGACCUGAGCGCGCUGAUGGCCUCGGCGCUGACCGUCGCUGGUGGCACGGUCACCGGACACUGGACCCUGCCCGACCUUAUCGUCAAUGGUCCCCUGAUGUUCACCAGCCUGAACGGCAUCCCGGCCGACGCUCUGGUCAAGGACUCGGCCACCGAGCUGCGCUUCAGCUCACACCAGACUGUGUACUGGCUGACUGUCAGUGGCGACCUCAGUCUGCCGGACGGCGGCCAGGUGUUCAAUCUGGACCCCUCGAAGCACCUGCACAUCUCCAACUUCCUGCAGCGACACGGCACGUUCACGGUCUCCUCUGACGUCACGUUCGGCGCGCUGACCUUCACCCGCCCGCUGAUCGUCAACGGCACGGUCGGCGGGGUGCCGCUGCACCAGUCGUCGGUGCUGACGCUGUCCAGCGACCAGACAGUGCGCGGCCACACUUGGCUGCGGCUUGCCGGUGGGCAGUGUCUGGUCUCACCCAAUCUGGACACGCCCAGCCUGAACGGCGUCGACCUGCGCCGCCUGCUAGGCUCGGCGGUCCGGCUGAACGGUUCAUACAACGUAACAGCUUACUGGACUUUCACUAACAUGCCAUUCUUCAUCGACUACAACGUCACCAACUCCGCCGCGGAGCAACAGCUGUACGAGCUGCUGCAGCUGCUGCUCAACGCCCAGGACCAGCUGCAGUUGGUGGACGAGGCAGUAGCCCGCCAGUACGUCGCCACCGUCCAGUACAUCUACCAGGCCCUGCUGGACGCCCGCGCCCGGCUGCAGGCGGCCAGCUACCUGCAGUACUACGUGCAGACGCAGAGCUGGCGGUCCGACGUCAUCCGGUUCGCGCCCGUCUACCUGGACGGCGAGGGCCAGCCGCCCACGCUGCUGCUCGCUAUCUGGGAUACCCGGAUCCGGCUGCUGCGCUGGGCAGCCAGCGCCGGAGGCGUCUUCGGCCAGUGGACGGACGGUCCUGCGUAUCCUGAGGCGCGGCUGGCCUGGAUGGCCGGCCUGAUGCGGGCCGCCGGCACGCGGCACGCGGCCGUCGCCCGCAUGGCGGCGCCACCGGCGUCUGCCGCCGUCCCCGACCAGGUGUACCGCUGGGACGACCCGGUGUUGGAGCAGCUGCACGGGGCCGUCAACUACAUAUUCCUGUACCAUCGAAACGUCCUGGUCCAAUCACAAGCCAUGCCCAGCCAUAAGACGGUGGAUGUGAAGAGCCUGCAGCCGUCCUCCUCGCACGACUGUUUCCUGUUCGUGCACUUCCUGGGUAACGUGUCGCACCUGGCCUGCUACCGGGACGCCCAGACCAAGUUCACCCUCCACCAGGCCAUCGACACGCACGGCGGACGACAGGCGUCCGUGUACUCUGCCGCCGGAGAGGCGUGCGUGGCGGUGGCCAACAGCGGCGCCGGCGGCCGGGUGGACCUCUGGUGCUGGGCGGCGGCCGCGACCCGGCUCACCCUGCGCCAGACCAUCGCCUCGGCGGCCGCCGACGUCAGCACGGCUGUCCUCGACGACCACCUGGUCAUGGCCGUCGUGCGGGAGGCCACGCACAAGUACGAUGGCAUCGUCAACACGUACAGGUUCGAGCCGAUCAUCGGCAAGUGGGCGCAUGCGCAGACGGUGCCCGCGUUCAACCUGGCCGGUCUGGCUACGCAGCUGGCGGUGGCCGGCCGGUCGCGGCCCGACAUGUUCGCGCUGCAUACGCACUACCCGGCCGCCGUGUACGCCGGCAAGUUCAUGGGUCAUGAGUGGUAG